AAAGGGUUGUAUUAGAGGCAGCAGAAUCUCCGUUCGCCUGAGUUUUCGGGAUGGCCAAAACCUGUCCUGAAUGUGGGUCCUCCAACAUAGUGGAGGAUGAUUUGUAUUCACAAAAACAGCUAGUAUGCGAGGAUUGUGGUUCUGUUGUGUCUGAAGGACUCCUGACCACCACCCUUAGUGAUGAAGCGCAGGCCACAGCGGUUCCAUACUACAUUAGCACAGAAGUGACCAAGCGACCCUGUCCAAAUCUAAUUAAAGGUCUGCGGCGAGUGCGCGCUCUCUGCCGGAUCCUCAGGCUUCGGAGCGACCUGGAGUCCGGUGCCGUGAAUCUGUUUGAACAAGCCUACAACCACCGCGAUUUCCUGUUUGUCACUUUACAGAAGAAAGAGGUCUUGGGUGGAUGCUGUGUUCUCGUCGUCUGCAGGCAAAACAACAGACCUGUGGCUUUUGGGACCAUCAGUGCACUACUGGAAGCUGACCCAGCUUUCAUUGGAUCGGUUUACCAGGAGCUGACCAAGAGCCUGAACAUCGAGGCUUCCAGCACCGGCAUCCUGGACCUUCUGGAGGGUUACUGUUAUGGUUACAGACUUGGGCCUGGGCAGGUGGCAGAGGUGUUGUCUGAACCCCCUGAGAAGCUGGUUGAGAGGACUGCUGCUUUGGUUGAACUGGCCUCCGACACCUGGCUGGUGACGGGCCGACACCCUCUCCCUAUCCUGAUGGCCUCUCUUUACGUGGCCUGGCAGUCGAUGAAUCCUCAGGCCCGUGUGAAGUAUUCCUUGAGAAAGUUCUGCCAGAUCGCCAAGGUAAGUUCCGGUUCCGCGGCUCCUCGUAACUGCACGGCCCUGCGGCGUGUGGCGGAGCUGAGGGACGUGCUGUGUAAGCUGGGCAGGGAGUUGCCCUGGCUCAGGGGAGCCGCCGUGGACCCGCAGAACGUGGCCGCGCACGUGGACGACAUCCUCAAGCACCGCUGCUCCCUGCUCCUCAAAGCCAUGAGGAGCCACGAGGAGGAAAUAGAUGUAGAAGAGAGGGCUCCCCCUGCUGGCGGCGACACGCUAGACACCGAAAUGCACUGGGGGAAGAGACAUUUGUUUGUGCCUCCCAGCGCUCGGAAAUCGAAACGACGGAGAGCGGACGCGGCAGAGCCCAACGUGACGGGGGACGAGGAGAUUUCGGACGGUGAAAUUGAAAUGUACAUUCGCUCAAACGCAGAGGUCAGCGAGUAUCGUGAGGCCCAGGAAAAGCUGCAAAAGGCCUCAAAGUGA